AUGUCUGAUUCUAAUGCAAUGGAAAAUGAUAGUGAUCCAGUGGUUAAAGAGAUUCCAGUAUACCUCUCAAAAACACUUGCAGAAAAAUUAUUUAUUUUUCAAUAUCCUGUUCGUUCUUGUAAAGAAGGAUAUGACAAUGUAACUUUCUUAAAAACUUCAAUAAAGCCAGAGAAUCAAGAAGUUCUCAUAGAAGUAGCAGUAGAUACACAUAGUGUCAAUUAUGAUCAAAGUAAAGGUGAGCAAAUUGCAAUAAAUGCAGAUGGAGAUUCAAAGAUUGAUCAAGAAGAUGAUGAAAAGGCAUUUGACAGUAAUGUUAUGGACAAAACAGUAUUACAAUCUUCUCGAGCAUUGCCAAAUUGUUCUAAUUAUGGAGUUGGCAUUUUUCAAGAUGGGGAGUUACAUAUAACACCAUUGAGAGGAAUAGUUCAAAUGCGCCCUCAAUUUAAUUAUCUAGAUAAAAGUGAUAAACGUGUAAGAGAAGAAGCCAAAAAUAUGGGUGAAGAAUAUGAUGAAGAAGAAGAAGGUCCAAAACAAGUUAAUGUAACUUUUGCUAGACAAAAACCUGAAUUUAUGAAAAAGAUGCAAGAGCAAUCUUUCCAACAUUAUGCUAAGAAAAGUUUAGAAGAAAGAUGGAUUCAUACAAAUUAUAAUCCAGUGAAUAGUACUCAGGCAGAGCUUACACGUUUAGAAAUGUUUUGUCCUUCUACUGAUGAAACUGUAAACACAUUAAAUAUAUCAACUCAACAAUAUUUAGAAUUAUUAGCACCUAAAGCAAAAGAAGAUCACUAUUUAAAAUCAAAUGUUUCCAACCAUACUACAUCUCUCAAUUAUAUUAGGACUCUACCUCUUCUUGAUCAAGUUAAGAUACUCAUGAAAGAUGCCAAAGUAAUAUCCUUUGCACAGUUAAGAUCAAUUUUGUCACCAGAUCAAGAAACAUCAGCUAUUUUAAAAUAUUUACAACAAGUAGCAGUUUUAGUACAAGGAAAUUGGGUAGUAAAUAGCGAACUUCUAUAUCCAAAAGAUAGUAUAUCGUCAGAUAAUGGUAUUCCAGCAGAACUUAUGUGUAGAGCUCGAGAUUAUAUCUUAUUAUCAUUCACGGAACACGAAUUCGUAGAUCGAAAAAUAGUUUCAUCUGUUAUUAAAUUGCCUCCUGAUGAAAUUAAAGAAAUAUUCACAAAUCUAGGAGUACAUGAACCUAAAAAAGGAUGGCGAUUAGUUAUUCCAUCUACUAAAGAGUUUACUGAAAAAUAUCCUGAAAUUACACAAAGACAAGAAAUGUUUUGGGAAGCAAAAAGAAAACACCUUCGUGAAGCUAUGGAGGUUCAGAAUCAAAUUCCACAACGUCAAAGGCGAAAAUCAAACAGAGAAUCAGUUGGAUCUGAAAAUGAAGAACGAAACAUAGGACGUGGAAGGAAAACAUUAAGAGAUUCAUCAAUGUCUGAUAAUGACAGUGUGUCAGAGCCAGUGAAGCAUAAAAAAAUUAUUCGAUCCCGCAAAGUAUCCGAGACCACGUGACCAAAGUUGAUGCGUGAUUAAAAUGUAUGAUAUUGCUAUAUAUUGUUAAUAUGUUUGAAAUUGCAAAAAAUUUACCUGGGUUAUGUUAUUAUAUUGUUUAGAUA